UUGGCAAUUUGAAGCACUGAUGACAAGCUGAAAUUUUUGCUUGUAAUCUUGCAUCGAAUAUAAACAUUUUACCAUCUUUUCACCUGAAUAAGUGUGUAUUUAUUCGCAUAACUAAUAAGUGCAAGAUACAGUGAAGAUGCCUGAUCAUUUGGGAGAUGAUAUGAGGAAACAGAAGGUGGACGAGAAGGAGCCAGAAAAGGAAAUAAAAUCUUUGGACGAGGGGGACAUCCUCUUACUGAAAACCUAUGGGCAAGGACAAUAUACAAAAACUAUAAAAACAGUUGAGGAUGACAUUCAAUUCAUCAUCAAGAGGGUGAAUGAAUUGACAGGCAUCAAGGAAUCUGAUACAGGAUUGGCACCACCAGCUUUGUGGGAUUUGGCUGCCGAUAAACAGACGCUCCAGAAUGAGCAACCAUUGCAGGUGGCUAGAUGCACUAAAAUCAUCAAUGCCGAUACAGAUGACCCGAAGUAUAUUAUCAAUGUGAAGCAGUUUGCAAAGUUUGUGGUGGAUCUUGCAGAUUCUGUUGCACCGACUGAUAUUGAAGAAGGAAUGAGAGUGGGAGUUGAUAGAAACAAAUAUCAAAUUCACAUUCCGUUGCCUCCAAAAAUUGAUCCUACUGUAACCAUGAUGCAGGUAGAGGAAAAACCAGAUGUUACUUACAGUGAUGUUGGUGGUUGCAAGGAACAGAUUGAGAAGCUGAGGGAAGUUGUCGAAACACCGUUAUUGCAUCCUGAGAAAUUCGUGAAGUUGGGAAUUGAACCACCUAAGGGUGUGUUGUUGUUUGGACCGCCUGGUACCGGAAAAACGCUCUGCGCUAGGGCAGUGGCCAACAGGACGGACGCGUGCUUUAUUCGAGUCAUCGGUUCUGAACUGGUUCAGAAAUACGUCGGCGAAGGAGCCAGGAUGGUCAGGGAGUUGUUCGAAAUGGCGAGAUCGAAAAAAGCCUGUCUGAUCUUCUUCGAUGAAAUCGAUGCUAUCGGCGGUGCUCGUUUCGAUGACGGCGCUGGAGGUGACAACGAGGUGCAACGUACUAUGUUAGAGUUGAUUAACCAAUUGGACGGUUUCGAUCCCAGAGGCAACAUUAAAGUACUUAUGGCCACCAACAGACCGGACACCUUGGAUCCGGCUCUGAUGAGACCCGGAAGAUUGGACAGGAAGGUCGAGUUCGGUCUGCCCGAUCUGGAGGGACGUUCGCACAUCUUCAAGAUUCACGCUCGCUCGAUGUCCGUUGAGCGCGACAUCCGUUUCGAGCUGCUCGCUCGUCUCUGUCCCAAUUCCACCGGUGCGGAAAUCCGAUCCGUCUGCACCGAGGCUGGAAUGUUCGCAAUCCGUGCUAGGAGGAAGGUGGCUACCGAAAAAGACUUCCUGGAAGCUGUCAACAAAGUUAUCAAGUCAUACGCCAAGUUCUCGGCCACCCCCAGAUACAUGACUUACAAUUAAAUUAAUUUAACGCCUCCAUAUUCAUUUUUUUUUCUUUAUUCAGUAAUUAUUAAUAAAUGUUUUAUAAUUUAAUUAUAUAAAUAUAUCUUUGCGCCUCAAAUCUCAACCUUCAUGCAGUUACGAAAAUAUUCGUUUUGAACUUACGCAAAGUGUGCCUGUAACUGUAAGCAAUAUAAAACCAAAAUUCAGUA